GCAGACAGUGGCAAUGAAAACUGAUGUCAUUUAUAAGGCAAACGGGUAUAUUUGUAAUACACAGGUGUUUGCUAAUUACUGAUACCCUUGAGCCGGACGGCGAUGAAUGCGAAGCUGUCGCUUUAAGGUUUGUUUGGGAAGCGCGCUCCGCUCUGAAGCGCCACUCGCCUCAUUCCGCUGAACGCCGUCACGCCUGAGCAUCUUAUUCAAACGCCGUGCGGCGAGCUGAAUGGACGAACAGCUUGUGAACUCUGUGCGCCGCAUUCAGCGCUUCGGAUGACGGACGCCACAGCCGAACGAGCGACCGAGCGGACGAGCAAACUAGUUAGACGCCGAGUCGCCAUGCAGUCCCUAAUGCAAAGAUCCGCGCGUUUCGGAUCCAGGCGUCCCUGAGACUUUAUCGUAAUGUGCCGGCGCGGAUUUCUCCGUGAGAGCAGCUGAAGUGCUUUUUCCGCUCAUUUUUAUUUCAUGAGUUCAAACUGGUUCGCGUUCGCCUGCCACGCACCGAUGAGAGCGUCUUUUGUUUAGAAAUCGCACACUUAUGCCGUAAAGAAAAAAGCGCAAGUCUUGUUGGAAGCCGGGCAAAUGGCUUUUACUGUCAUAGGAACCCUGUUACUGAUGCUCUCGAACAUCUAUAGCUCUUCAGGGUCCCGCCCACGUUUGGAUGAUGUUCCCCCCAGGAUAGUGGAGGAUCCUUCUGAUCUGGUUGUGUCAAAGGGUGAGCCGGCCACCCUGAACUGCAAGGCAGAGGGUCGACCCAUGCCCACAGUGGAGUGGUAUAAAGACGGCGAGCACGUUGAAACCGAUAAGGAUGACCCUCGCUCUCACCGCAUGCUUUUGCCCAGCGGCUCCCUUUUUUUCCUGCGCAUCGUUCACGGACGCCGCAGCAAACCUGACGAGGGAGUUUACACUUGCGUUGCCCGCAAUUACCUAGGAGAGGCUGUUAGUCGAAACGCCUCGCUGGAAGUUGCCAUUCUCAGGGAUGAUUUCCGCCAGCCUCCCAAUGAUGUGGUGGUGGCAGCAGGAGAGCCCGCUGUGCUGGAGUGCGUCCCUCCCAGGGGUCAUCCCGAGCCCACCGUUUCCUGGAAGAGGAACAAUGUUCGUGUCAAUGACAAGGACGGCAGGAUCUCUAUGCGAGGUGGUAAGCUGAUGAUUUCUCACACCCGAAAAAAUGACGCAGGCAUGUACGUGUGCGUAGGCACCAAUAUGGUGGGCGAGAGAGACAGCGAUCCGGCCGAACUGGUUGUGUUUGAGAGGCCAGUGUUCAUCCGCAGACCCGUGAAUCAGAUUGUUUUGGCUGAGGAGACUGUUGACUUCUUGUGCGAGGUUCAUGGGGACCCGGCUCCAACCGUCCGCUGGAACAGAGACGAAGGAGAACUACCGAGGGGGAGAUUUGAGAUCCGUGGUGACAACAGCCUGCGCCUGGUAAGGGUCAGAGCAGAGGAUGAGGGCACUUACACGUGUGUCACAGAAAACAGCGUGGGCAAAACCGAAGCCUCCGCCGUGCUGCAGGUCCACGUGCCCCCACAGAUUGAUGUACGCCCUCAGGAUCAAGUCGCUGUCCAAGGACGGACUGUCACUUUUCAAUGUGGCACCCAGGGAAACCCUCUUCCAGCAGUUUUCUGGCAGAAAGAAGGGAGUCAGAUGCUGCUUUUCCCCGGCCAACCUCCUUCCCAGUCGGGCCGUUAUUCUGUGUCCAUGAGCGGAGAGCUGUCCAUCUCUGAUGUUCACUCGGAGGACUCCGGCUACUAUAUCUGCCAGGCGAUCAGUGUGGCAGGAAGUGUCCUCGCCAAGGCUCUGCUGGAAGUGGAAACUGGCCCAUCAGAUCUCGUCCCUCCAAUUAUCCGACAGGGCCCAGCCAACCAGACGCUCGCUUUAGGCUCCAGCGCCCUACUCCAGUGCCAUGUGAUGGGCAGCCCAAUCCCCAGCGUCAGGUGGGAGAAGGACGGGCAAAGCGUUCUGAGCGAUGACAUUCACAUAAGCCUAAUGGAAAACGGCACUUUACACAUCAGCGGCUUGAAGGAGACCGACUCAGGGACGUACACCUGUGUCGCAUCCAGUUCUACUGGUGAGACGAGUUGGAGUGGGACCGUGACAGUGAGAGGUAGCAUACAAGCAUUCUUCUCCAACACAGCUCUCUCGACUGGAACGUCCUCCGUCCCGCGGGUCUCGCAGUCCCUUCAGCUGCCUGGGCCUCCUCAGAAGCCCGUGGUGACAGAUGUGACCUCAAAUAGCGUCACCCUGACCUGGCAGCCCAACCCACAUGAGGGCGGAGCUGCUGUCACUUCCUACAUCAUCGAGGCUUUCAGUCAGUCUGUGGGCAGCACAUGGCAGACUGUAGCUGAUCUCGUGAGGCUAGAGAAGCACACAGUGUCCGGGCUUUACCCCAAUACUGUGUACCUUUUCAUCAUCCGAGCGGUUAACUCCUACGGCCUGAGUGACCCCAGCCCCAUCUCAGAGCCAGUCCGAACACAAGACGGUCCUGAAGGUCAGGGGAAAGACCAGGCACAUGUGCAGAUGGAUUUAGGAGGGGUCAAGGUUCAUCUGCAGACACCCAAAGUCUUGAGCCCUACGAGUGUUCAAAUCACAUGGACUCUGGACCGUCAUCCUCGCUAUAUUGAAGGUUACAGGCUGUAUUACAGGCCUGUGGGGAGUGCAUGGAUGAUCCAGGAUGUAAAAGCAGGUCCCCCACACACCGCUGUCCUAACAGAUCUACACAGAGGAAAAGAAUAUGAGUUCAAAAUGAGACCGUAUUACAACGAGUUUCAGGGGAUUGACAGUGAAGUAGCUGUGGUUCGUACUCCUGAUGAAGUGCUGAGCGGCACUCCUCAGGGAGUCAGCGUGGUGCAGUUAAGUAACAGUUCAACCGUGCGAGUGUCCUGGCAGCCUCCUCCCCCUGAUGUGCCAGAAGAGCUCAUACUAGAGUACAGGGUAUGGUGUGUAGGAAACGAGUCUCAGCAGAUGAUCAACAGGAGCGUGGAUGGGGAUACGCUGUGGGUGCUGUUGGAUGGGCUGUUGCCUGAGUCUAUGUAUCGCGUGCUGGUCGCAGCGGUGACAAGUGCAGGAGUGGGCGCUCAUAGCCGACCUGUGUUCAUCUUCCUGAAAGUAGCAAUAGAUCAGUCCUUGUCAGCGGAGAAGGAUGAUAGUGUCAGCUUAUCUGAGCAGAUCACAGGGGUGGUCCGUCAGCCAGCUUUCAUCGCCGGGAUUGGUGUAUCAUCCUGGAUGGUUCUAAUGGGUUUCAGCGCCUGGAUCUACUGCAGACACAGGAGGAGGAAAGAACUUGGACACUAUACUACAUCCUUUGCAUAUACGCCUGCAGUUGCACUUUCUCGAGGUGAUGGGUCGGAUCUUAUAAAUGGAAGGCCAUGUUUGCUGGAGUCCCACUUGGGUAACUACCCUUGGCUGGCUGACUCGUGGCCUACCAGCAACUUCUCUCGAAAUGGAAAAGAUUCAGUCAACUGCUGUGCAGGCAGACUUGAUUCCACAGAUCAAUACUAUAACACUUCAGGAUUAUCCAAUUAUCUGAGCCAGAAUGGGAAGUACAGCCCGGCCUCUAAUGAAGGCGCCAUAUAUUGUACCAUUAACCCAGCUGAUGCAGAUGGCCAUGAAGUGUGCAGCUUGUACUCUCAGGGUCCAGACCCAUACACCAGCACACCAGUCCUCUCCAAAACUGAUCUCUACAGCAUAGAGCAGGACCUGGACCAGUGGAGCCUUCAGUCCAGCCACAGCGGAGCAGAAUAUGCAAAACUUCAGUACCCAAGAGGCGAAAAUGCCAAACUGAUGAAGCAGAAGUCUCGAGGACAAAUCUCGUCACCAACUUGGUCUGACGUGCUGUCCCUGCAUUCAGCACAAAACAAGGAUGUUCAAAACGCAGACAAAAGACACAGCCCUGAGGAGGAUGAAGAGUGGUGUCCUCCGCUGCCUGAGCGAUCUUAUCUGAUUGAGGGUCUGGAGGACGUAGCCACUCUGCCUUUGAGAGGAGAGGAAACCAACAGGGCCACGACCUAUAGCCUGCAGUCCACAGCAACUCUCACACCCUCCCCCAGCGAGGAGCAGUACCUGCCGAACCUGCACCAUCCAGACCUGCUGCCACGGAAAGCACAGUGCGCACACAAUGCACAGUUUGCUCUUUCCAACCCAAAGCCGUUAACCAAGACAGAGUCUCUUAAUGGCAGCGUUCCCAACCACAGCGGUCCUUGGAGAGACAUUGCUGAAAUGGAGGAACUGUUCUCCAACAACACAGGCACAAGAGAAUAUACAUCAUUCACGUCUUCGAUUCAGAAGCCCAGGCCUAAUAAGAAAUCUCAAAAGGAUGGCCUUGCGAGACGUGAAGUGUUGAAACCUGGGAGUAAGAACCCACAGAACCUGCCUCCUCCACCUGAGCCUCCUCCUGUAACGGAGGACCCUCUCAAACACCUGACAGACACACUGGACAACGGCGGGAGCAGGACGCCCCCACAACACAGAGAGAGAAGAUCAGACCGCAGAACAGCUGCACAGUGGAGCACACAAGAUGAAGAUUUAAUCCAGUAUUUAAAAGCGAACCUGCUGCCCAGCGGUCAGAUGUCCAGCCACUGUUCCCUCUCCAGAAGCUCUGCCUCUCAGUCCUCCGCAACCUCGCGUUCCUUGGGGGCAGGAAGGAGGAGAAACGAGAACAUGAUAUGAGGAGAGGAAGUAGUCCCGUUGUUCGCCACUCGACAUACGCCAUGCAGUGUAUAUGCCUCCAUGCCCUGGUCCUGCACUUUUUUUUUCGUCCGUCAUUUUAGUCUAGGUAUUUUUUUAGAAAUGUUUUUUAAAUGAUCCAUUGUUGUCCUACCUCUGUAUGUAUAUAUUUUUACAAUGUUUCUGUGUAAGGAAAAAACAUUUUAUUUAUUAUUAUUAUUUAUUGUAUUUAUUAAUUUAAAAGAAAAUCUAAUGUUUCAAAAAAUGUUUAGAUGAACAUGAUGUUUGAAUGUAUCUGGCGUAUACAUGUACGCCUCAAUGUCUACAUGUAAUAAAAAGGUGUUUCAACAUUUUUGUGAAAAGUAUAGCAGAUAUUAUCAGGCAGAGUCUAUGUGAACAAACCAUCCGAUGAUACAUUAGUAAGCCUAUAGAAUACCAAAUGUUUCUUGUCGUAAAUCCACACUAUGACUGUCUCCUUGCUAUCCUGUGCUCACUGAAAGGUUUUUCUUUUCUCCUGGAGAAUUAUUCACGCCAUGUCAGACUGUUUUCCACUAAUGCAUCAAUCAAACGCAGUUUGGAUUGCAUACAAAACUCAAUAAAACUCAUGUUCUAAGA